AUGUCUCUCAAGCACGACGACUUCCCCUCCUCGGCCGCCUUCGACCAGAUCGCCAGCGCGCUCUCUGCGUCCGACGCCGACCGUCAAGACGCGAUCAAAACCGGCGGUGCCAUCUUCUCCUUCAACCUCAAGAACAAGGCUGGCAAGGAAGAGAAGUGGUAUCUCGAUCUCAAGGAGACGGGAACUAUUGGCAAAGGCGCGGCGCCAGAGGGCAAGAAGGCUGAUGUCACGCUGACGCUUCCCGACGAGGAGUUUGGCAAGCUGGUGCUGGGCAAGGCAAAUGCGCAGAGGCUGUUUAUGAGCGGCAAGCUCAAGGUCAAGGGCAACAUCAUGAAGGCGACCAAGCUGGAGUCUGUGCUGAAGAAGGCGCAGGUACAGGAGCCCAAGGCCAAGUUGUAG